AUGACAUAUUAUGUUGUUCUAGGUGAAGUUCCCGUUAAAAGGAAACUUGAUUUUGUCGAGUUCGAAUCCUCAGAACUUGUUAUGAACCUUAGGCAUGUUAUCUAUGAUAAGAAAAAGAACACCUUUUUUAAACAAAAUAUUGACGAAAGUGACCUCGUAUUAUGGAAAGUUGAUAUCUCUUUCGGAAAUGAAAACGAUAAUUUGAAGAUGCUUGAUGACACGUCUUGUAUAAUUAACGUUAAACAAGAUCUUGAAGGAAAGGAGAUGUUUUCAGGAGACCCAAUUUCAGACCAUUUAGAACACUUUGAUAAAACACGAUGCUCAAUCCACAUCAUUGUCCUACCCCCACCGCCACCACCACGGGAAAGGAAAAUGGUGGAGGAUGAGGAAGAUAAUAGAGUAAAAAAGGAAAAAUUUCAAAAUUUACUUAAUAGCUUACCAGAGAUCAACAUACAAGAUAAGAUACAAAAUUCAGCUGAUACCUCAUUACUGGCAAUCCAGCAAUAUGAAACUGUUACAGCAUUGAUUUAUCCUUCAGGUGAUAAGGAAUGUGUAAUUGGCAAGGUACAAUACAGACAAAUAGCGGAAGAACAAGAUGUUUGUGAUUUUUCAAAGCAGUGGUGCAAAAAACUUUACAUGCCGAUAUGGAAUGAAUUUGAAGUUGAAGACUGUUGGAAGAAUGUAUAUUGCGAAAAAGUUCCUUCAGAAUCAUUGAAAGAUAAGUUCAAACUAUGUGGUGGGAUUUCUCGAUUGAUCUUUGGUGAAUCAGGCAUGCUCUGUAAUCAAGCUAAAGACUUCUCAGGUGAUGAAUUUACUCAUAAACUAAUUCAUAUGCAUAUCAACCUUGAAGAAACAGAAGUAGAAGGUGAAAAAGCUGAUCCAUACACCUGUUGCUCCUGCUUUUUUGGGUCAGAUUAUAUUGCAUAUAAAUGUUUAAAAAGAUUGAAAGAGGAUAAGGAGGAUUUGCGCACUUUUAUUGAGACUGCAAUGGGAUCUCUCUGUGAGCAGUUAUUCGAAUUGGUCUCACAUGAAAUUCUUGGAACCUUUUCAAAGAAAUUUUUAUUUGAUGAUAUUAGCAAGAUUGAAAAAAAUAUUAUCGAUCAACUUCCAAGAUUUUUGAAUCCAUAGACAGCUAUGUUCGCUACCCCUAUAAAAAAUUUUAUCGUUAUUUCUGUAAAAACUCUGUAAAAAUGAGCCUUUCAUGGAUCAAUUCACGGAAAAUGUAAAUAAUUCGAUAAAUUCCGCGAUAUAACUCAUAUAAGGCUAUUAAUUCCGGGAACAUGAGCCUUUUACGGAAAAAAGAUGGAGUAUAAAAAACGGAUUGACUUUUUUUACAGGGUACAACAAGCU